AGUUUACAGUGAAAGCAAAACUAUACACACGUACGGUGUAGUAUCGGAUAAUCUGAAACAAUAGUGGUACAAUUCGAUUUCCUCCCAUGGGUACCCCUCCUCCACCCCCCCCCCCCUUGUUUUCCCUUUAUAACCUACUUUUAUCUAGAUAUAAAAAGGGGACGCAAUCGCAUGGGACAUGUAAUAAUCCAGAUGAAAUAACAUAAUUAACAUGAUAAUAUUUUCAAUAUAAUAAAUAUUUAGAUUUAAAUAAUAUUUAAAAAUCGGUGUAAAAGUAAGAAGCACAUACUACAUGUACAUGCAUUCCAUCGAUGAAGCCUUGGACUUUGACGGAAAUCUUGCGUUACAUUGUAAUUUAAUUAGAUUUAUUUUCUAUGAGAAAAAAUGUUCUUUUCUAAAAAUUAAUUUAGACAAGGAAGUACAUGUAUCAGACAGAACACAUUUAAAAAAAAAAAUGAUAUCCCUCGUCUUAAGGACGUGACAUCUCUCAUACGUUUUUAUCAUAGACAUAAUAUGUCUAUGGUUUUUCUUCACUGAUAUCCGUCCUCUUUUGCUGUUUAAAAAAUGACAAGCGAGGCAAGAAUAGUAAGAAAAUGAAAGAAAAGGGGGCAAAACCGGUUCCUGACCACAUAAGUGAAUAAGAGAUAAAGAAACUUGGAAAGAGAGACAACCCGAAUGAGAACUAGUGAGAAACCGAUAACCUACAAGAAGACUAUAGACUACAGGAACAUUGUGAUAGUACUAAAAAAAUCAGGAUUUAAGGCUAUCACGGUCAGGAAAGAUACAAACAUAGCAAAGAGGAGGUAUUGGGUUUUAUAGAUUACACAUCAUGUAUUCACUUAAUAAUUGUAAGGGUUUUAGCAUGCCCUUACAAACCCACCUGCCGAGGGAAGGAAAGGUGGAUAAAAAAACGCACUAUAUAUCAGGGAUCAAACAGAAGUGGGUACAGUAUAUCAGGGAUCAAACAGAAGUGGGUACAGUAUAUCAGGGAUCAAACAGGAGUGAAAAUGCAGAAGUGGGUACAGUAUAUCAGAGAUCAAACAGGAGUGAAAGUGCAGAAGUGGGUACAGUAUAUCAGGGAUCAAACAGAAGUGGGUACAGUAUAUCAAGGAUCAAACAGAAGUGGGUACAGUAUAUCAGGGAUCAAACAGGAGUGAAAGUGCAGAAGUGGGUACAGUAUAUCAGAGAUCAAACAGGAGUGAAAGUGCAGAAGUGGGUACAGUAUAUCAGGGAUCAAACAGAAGUGAAAGUGCAGAAGUAGGUACAGUAUAUCAGGGAUCAAACAGGAGUGAUAGUGUAGAAGUGGACACAAUAUAUCAGGGAUCAAACAGCAGGGAAGUAAAUACUGAUGGCAUCAACUAGAAACAAUUCUCAAAGGACUACGUAUUAAAGAGACGAUAUGGAUAAGUAUGCAAGGGAGUUCCGCUCGAGAAUCCUUGGAAGAGUAGAACGAGCAUGCAUUACAACUGCUUUGAUCAAAGAAGAAGAAGACGAAGAAGAAGAAGAAAAGCGAACACAAGAUCUGCACCUGGACUACUUGGUAUUCCAUGUAAUUUGUAUAAAGAAAACUGAUAGAUGCUAAGAAAACGGGAGAAUUCCCUCAGAUUGGUGAAAGUGGACUUUGAUUUGUUCUAACGACAGGAAUUGUCGUGAAAUCCCGAGGCAUCUCACUGGUAAGUGUGGAGGUCAAAUAGAAGAUACGUAGUUUCAGAUAUUGCCAGACGUAUCACUGCAUGAUUAUGACAGAGAACGAAUCCUAGACAGAGAAAAGAGACUUGUAGUAAGUACCUUUUGAAUAGAAUUUCCAGUGCAUACAUUUUACGAAAACAGGAAAAUGUCCGUAACAGGGAAGGCAGGAUUUUCAAACGAAAGGCGACUAGUGUUUCCAGAUGUACAGGUAUAUGAGGCUACUACAUGUAUGUGACCAGAUAUAGUGGCAGAAGACUGUAGUAGUGGUUUUAAUGUUAAUGGUACCCCGGAAAGAAAGAUACGAGGUAAAAACGUACAGAAGACAGAUAAGUUUAUCAUAUCUGAAACUGGUUUAAACAUAUCAGUUGCUUGGAUUAUACCCCAAAGUUUAUUUUACUGGAAUUGGUUGGUUGGUUGUAUGAUUGUUUAAUGUCGUGCUCGAGAAUUUCUCACUCAUGUGGAUACCUCACCACUGACGGCGAAGGGCUGCAAAAUUUAAACCUAUGCUCGACACUUAGCACUUACAGCCUUUGAGCAGGAAGGAGUCUUUAUCGUACCACACCCUGUUGUCACAGGGACUCAGUGUUUGCGGUCUCAUCCGAAGGGCUGCCCUAUUUAGUCGCCUCUUACAACAAGCAAGAGGUACUAAGUACCUAUUCUGAGAAAGACCCCCGGGCUAUGAUGCAUACUAGAAUUUGUAUAUAUGUAUGUUUGACAUUUACUGUCGGUAGUGAGGACGUAUAGAGAAAUUUGGUGGACGAAGACAGCAUUGACGUGAAUCAGUGCAAUGACUGAAGGUAAAGGAUGCUAUUCUGUAGGCUCAAUAUCACAACUAAAUUAUACGUCAUCAUGUCAAAUUGUACGUCAUCAUGUCAUUCUUUGUACGUCAUUAUGUCAUUCUUUGUACGUCAUUAUGUCAUUCUUUGUACGUCAUCAUGUCAUUCUUUGUACGUCAUCAUGUCAUUCUUUUUAUUCGUAAUAACCACCAGACUUUUUCAUUUUAAAGCAAAAUAACGUACUACUAUACAUUAGACGUCACUAAUCUGAAACAACCCGAUGUUGUCACCUACCUCUCAUCGAUUGAUGUGUAGCAUGCAUUACAACAAUUUGUAGAAACAGAGAUCCAGGGGUUCGUGUUUGCACAACUCUCUACUCUGUAUUCCUUAAUGAAGUUAUGAGAUUGAUCACUGUUCGUUAUCUUCACCUUUCAGAUAACAAAUUGUAGAAAUAGAGACAAUUAAACAUGUGAAAGCUCACUAUCCCGUAUCCCGCCUUCUCCCCAUCUUAACAGCGAGAGUUUAUCGUUACUAUUAAAUGUGAUGUUUAAGAGUCACUUAGCGAAAAAUGCAUUGUAGUUUGAAUAACAAUAUCUUUUUCCCAUCCGUAUCAAUACUAUAAAAACACAGAGAAGAAUUUAAUCUGAUAAUUUAGUAUAGCGAAAUGAUUCUAUUCACCAGUCAAUUUUGAAAUAGAGGCAAUUUGUUCAUAUACAGGGAUUCAACAGUCUCGUUUGAAGUCAGCAUUUGGCAAAUUCUAUUGUCGUCCUAAUGAUCUUAUCUGCAAAAUGUUAGACUAUUUCUCACACAAUGGUUUGACUACGAAUUACUCCGUUUACCUGAUCAAGAUUUAUAGGGCUCACGGCGGGUGUGACCGAUCAACAGGGGAAACUUGCUCUUCCUACGCUCCUGAUACCAUCGCUGGUGUGUCCAGGGGUCCAUAUUUUCCCUACCCUUAAUUCUGUAUUCUUUAUGGGAUUCAUGAGAUUGAUCACUGUUCGUUAUCUUCACUUUUUCAUGGAGACCCUUAACGCACUUUGAAAAAAAAAAAUAUAUGUAGCACAAAAUUUCCGGAACUUUAAUUUUAAUUAGUAGAGGGAAUAAUCAAGUGUGGUAUUUCUUCAUCAAUAAAGAUAUUACAAAAUCGAUAAGUGAUUAUGACGUCAUACAGCAUGUGCACUGAGUGUAUUAAAGUCGCGUCCGUCAGUCAUUGACUUCCCUUCGAUUACAGUAAAUGAAAGUUUGAUCAUAGAUUCCAGGUUUCUUUUUCUUUAGUAAAUCACUUUCAAAGUUUUAAUUUGGUCAUACCUUUACAAUAGCAAGUCGAACUAACGAUUUCAUGAUUUGAAUUAGAAUUUUAAGGAAAUCUAUAUUCAAAUGCAGGCGUUUAAAUUCUAGUUUAUUUGGGCCACAAAGGUAGAGUUUGUCAAAUGGAUAUGCAAAGAUCCUUGGGUAGCGUAGAAUUCAUGUAAAUGUACACUGGAGGCAGACAAGGUGAAUCACUUCUUCCAUUUUCUCUGUCCCCCUCUCCAGCUUCCCUAUUUCCAUUCUUAUUCUGCACCUCAUCCUUUCUCCUUUACUUUUACCCAUUGCCCUUAUCAUAUCUUACCCUUCCAGGGCCCAUUUUCCCACUUCUUUUCUAGCGUGUUUGCCCCACGUAUAUAUAACAUUUCCAUGGCCAAUGAUGUAAGAAAUAGGAAGUUAAAAAGUUUUCUGUUCUGAGAGAGUUUUUUUUUAUUUUUGGAAAGCUUUGUGUGCUUAAAAAUUUAUCUAUUGUUCAAUAACCAACAUCAUAAUGAAUACAAUAUAUUCUUUCGAUAAUUCAUCCCGGUAGUUCAGAACGUAAACCACUCGUUUUACAUGUGGAAUGACUCUGAGUUCGAUCCCAGAUCACGACAGAUCAAGAACUCAUGAAAGUGAGGGUUUCGGGUCUUUGAGAGACAUCUCAGAAACCGAGGUCACUUGCCUUGGUAAGUGCUUGCAUGGCAAAGAACUCCUACAACUAUAAGACCCCAAAUGGCUAACAAAAUUGGUGGUGCAUCUUCUACAGCUUGUAUAUUUAAACUAUUGUCAAAGUGACGUUAAACUAAAAAAGAAUUCCAGCACAAAUACAGAAAACUCACAUAAUCGCAAACAUUACGGAUUGUGCGUAAGAAAUCUGAUGGAAAAUUCAGCGGGAAGCAACUUUCACUUUUUCUUUCAAAUCCAGGAAUAAUUGAUCUAAAGUGAUUAAAGCACGGAAUUCACACCAAAACGUAACAGGAAAUCUAACAAAUGAACUAAAAAUAACGCAAUGCAGAUUUUUAUGAGAACAUUUUCUGAAAACGGGUCUAUAAGUCGACACGUUUAAAACGCAAUCAAUACACUCAUACUGUUCUGUAUUAUUUAGAGCUUUAACCAGACAAUUCUACAUUGAGCCAUUCAUAUUGAUGAGAAAAACGGGAGCUCACAAUGGUAGUACACCCAUUGUGCAUUCAAGUGUUACUGCUAUCAAUUGUGGUGUUUACUGUAGGAAACCUGAUUACUCAACCGAAAUGUCCACCUGGAAAACACGUGUUCACCAACUGCACCAACCCCUGCCUUUAUAAUGGAUCAAUCACUAUUUGUGCGACCAAGCCAGAUAGUCUGUGUGUUUCAGACUACUGCGGCGCAUGUGUCACUCGAUUCUAUGACAAUACCGGGAAGGAAGUUCACUGCGAAUUAGAAUCUGGUAUCAUAUGUGAGCAGAAAACACAUACUAUCAGUUGCUCCAGUGGGCGAGUGAUUUAUGUGAAAGAAGCCAAUUUCGGAAGGACAUCCAAAGAGAGAUGUCGACAUCCCUACGAUAUCGAACGCCUUCAUAACAGCACAACCUGUAGAGCCCCAUCAUCUCUUCAGGUCAUGCAAAAGCUGUGUAAUGGCCGCGUGAGUUGUGAGGUGACGGUGGAAAACGAAAUGUUUGGGGCGGAUCCAUGCUAUGGAAUUUACAAAUACCUGGAAUUUGAUUUCAAAUGUGUCCUCAAAAAUGAAAUCAAUUCCAGUAAACGGAACAUACCCGCAGUACCUAUUGGUUUUCUGCUGUUGGCUUACAGUUUGUUGUACAGAAACCUUUAGUGAUCAAAAGUGGAUAGAAUAAUGCAUGUGAAAGAAUGAAUAAGACAUUUUCUAUUUAUUUUUUUAUGCAAAUAUUUGUCAUACUCAAGUACAUGUAUAUCAUUGUAAAACAAAACAUCGCUCGAACCUUGGACUUCUUAGAUUUCGUAUACACUGUCACGUGUACUAAAUGUUUUUAAAAUUGAUCGGAAAUUAUAAUCCUUAUGCAACUUUAAUUCAUUGGUUAAAAGAGUUCGAAAUGUUUGUCUAAAAGGAGUGUACAGAAUUCCGCAUUUAUAAAAUAACCUUUAUAAUGAUAUAGUGACAUUGUCAGCCAAAAUCUAUAAAACAUAUACAGAGAUAGAAAUGUUGAUACAGCCGCUUCUGGUUAAUCAUACUCUUCUGACUCAGUCAAAAAGACCAGUAACAGGCACUCUACUGACUCAGUCAAAAGAACCAGUAACAGGUACUCUACUGACUCAGUCAAAAAGACCAGUAACAGGUACUCUACUGACUCAGUCAAAAAGAUCAGUAACAGGUGCUCUACUGACUCAGUCAAAAGAACCAGUAACAGGCACUCUACUGACUCAGUCAAAAAGAUCAGUAACAAGUACUCUACUGACUCAGUCAAAAGAACUAGUAACAAGUACUCUACUGACUCAGUCAAAAAGAUCAAUAGCAUUGAUAAUGAUACAGUAAUUUAUCUAAUGUACACGUAUUUCUGAUUUUCGUUGCAAUUUGAUUGAUUUUAAUAUAAGAUAUUAUUACAUGUACAAACAAAUAUACUGGAUGUAACUGACUGUAAUGUCGUAACAUCUAGAUACAUAAUUCAUGUGAAUACCUACCACUUCAUUACAAUCAUAACUGUUUGUUGUUAGAUAAAUGUAUUUACUCAUCCUACUAACGAUCAACAUCAAUGUAUAUAUACUUACUUUUAAAUAAAUACGAGUGAAGUG